AUGGGAGAAAGAUCACAAAAGUGUAGCGAAAUUGGUGCGUUCCAAAGAGGGGGAGGUGUUAAUUGGCCAAGCUACAUACACACCGUGCAGGGUGUCGUCCCAAUGCUUAUAAAAUCGAAGAACUCUUUAGAGGCUAAUACUUUUUGCGGCCUGUACAGACAACUAUUUGAAGAAGAGAAAAAAUUCAAACUUUUUUUUAAUGGACAUCAGUGGAUGGGAUUCCCCGAAUGUGUAUUCGUUCCGUACGACUUGAAAACUAUUUUUGAGAAUUGCAUCUCCGACAUUGUAAAACAUUCCGGAGUAAAAAAUUUACUCUUUUUUGACGAUCGGGUGAAGAACGCUUUGUUCAGCUAUUUGAAUACCCUAUGUGAGGAAAAAAAAAACGUACUGGCUGCGAAAAUUUGUAAGCGAAAUUUGCUGUAUAUAGAAAAUGUCCCUGAUAAAUUCAGACGAGCGGAUAAACAUAACAUAGAUGAUGAAGUGGUGAAGAAAACUUAUCAAAAUAGGACAAAUAAAUUUUUGUGCGAAGUAGUCAUACACAAUGCUGUCUAUGUUCAGUUCCAAAAUUGGGUUCCCAUUUUAUCCCAUCUGUUGGAGGUGGGGGAACACUCCGUAUUUACAUGUCUGAAAAAUUUGCCUUGUUUCCCAAAUGAAGAAAAAGAGUGUAAGAGGCUAAGCGAAUUGGUGUACCCCCUUGACAGAGAAGAUUUCUACGGGGUAGACAAUCACGAUUGUAGUGAAAAUGGGGUAGCACUCAACAUGAGAGAAGGCAAAAAUGAUGGAAGUUGGAGUCCUACGGAGGGGGAAAAUAAAUCUCAUGGAGACACCCAUGUGAAGUGCGACACCCAACAGACAAAAAAAAAAAAUUGCAUUGGGAGGGAAAACCUGUUAAAUUUCCAUUUGGUGAAGCAAGUUAAGGAGGAGGGGAUCGAAAAGAUGAAGUUGUUGGGUCUGACCAUCCUCGAAGAGCAGUACAAACUGAAUGACGACAUAAACGAUAUUUUUCUCGAUUUGGAAAAACUAUAUCGUAGCGUAAAUUUGUUCGAUAGUAAAUUAAAAGUUUUGAACAAAAUAAUCUUUCAGCUAGAAAAAAAUAUCCACCAUUUGGGAGACCCCCUGGUGCUGCAAAAAUGUAGGGAGCGUUUUUUCAUGCCACUGUACCGGAGCAAGCACUUUAGUUAUGCCUUUCCCCCCACGGGGGAUGCUUCGGUAGAAGGCGGGAGCGCGGUGAGUAAAAAGGCCGUCGUUAGAGGGGCACCCAAUGGGGAUCAUCCAAAAAGGGGGGUCGCCAAAACGGAGGUCACCUCGAGCAGUGCCAAUGGUGCCACCCAUGCCAGUAGGGGCAUCAGUGUUGGCCCCUUAAGGGAGACUAACAACAAUCCACCCAGAAAUAUCUCUAACACCGCAAAGCGUGACGUACAUAAAAGCGGGGACUCCUGUGGAAAAAACAAAAACGACCACGGAAAUGACCAGAAGGACAAGGAUUUUGUCAAAAUAUGUGAUGCGUAUGAUAGGAAAUAUUUCAACCUAAUUUUUUUAAAGAGCAAAUGUUACCAUUUGGAGAAGUUGACUGUGUCUCCCGAAUUGGGGAACCUACUGCAGUUGGAGAAAAGUCCUCCCUUGGCUGAGGUUCUGGGCCACCUGGAAUUGCUCUGUAGGAGUUCCAAAAAUAUGUGCUUUCAGAAUGUGUCCAAGGUUUACGAUGAUAUAUAUGACCAUUUGGAGAAGUACAUUCUUCGGCACAAGUCGAGGGAAGGACUAGUCGUCUCCGGAAAUGCCGCGGCGGAAGGGACAGCGGGUGACGCAGCGGGUGGCACAGCGGGUGGCGCAGCGGGUGGCGCAGAGGGGGGUGUGGGGGACUCCUCCCCACAAGGUGAAUAUCGCAUGUUAAUCGAUUUUGUCCAAAGAAAUAAGUUCAUUUAUAUAAAGAACAAACUAUGGAACGCGAAGGACGUAUUCUCGAUUAAGAAUACCAUCCCCUUCAACCUCUUCCUGUGCGAACUACCCAAACUGUACAGAAUGAAGUACCCCAAUUUGGUCGAACUCAGUUGCGUGCAGGGAAGGCUGAAGCAUUCCAAGCUGGUUAGCAUCCUGGACAAAAUUGUCGCCAAACUGAAGAACAAAUUGGUUCCCCCAGAAGAGAAAGACGAUAACCUUAACGAGAAAAGAAAUCAACCUGAGGGAGAAAAUGAACAAAACGUGUACCUAUCAGGACUUCUAAAAAUAUCAUACAUCAACACGUUGAAUAUAAUUGAUAUGUCAGUUUGUGAUUGGGUACCUCUGUGUACAAAGGAAAAAAAUGAAAACUUACAGAUGGUGGAGAAUGAAAAGGAUCCAAUUUUGGAAAAAUUGAACCAAGUAGAUAAGAAGACAAAGCCUCAGUUGAAAUGUCCCUGCUUCGAUGGCAUCUACCUUCCAAAUAACAAAUACCUUUUGGUGAGGAAGGAGAAGUUAACCUAUUUGAGUACCCCCCUAUUGUAUAAUAACAACUCACACAAAAGUAACGUGGUGCAUAGGGACGUGAAGGAGAACAUCAUUGAUUUGUUGAAUGUUCCGAAAAGGGGGGAAAAGGAAAGUGCCGAACUGAAUAGAGGAACGCAGAAAACGCAGAAAACGCAGCAAACACAGAAAACGAAGCAAACACAGAAAACGCAGCAAACACAGAAAACGCAUAAAAGCGGUUCCAACCAGGGGGACCAGAAUAGUAUCAAAAAAGGGCCCAUAAAAAGUCUCCUACUGGGGGAAAACAAAACAGUGAAGACUACCCUACAGGCGAGCACCAUUAGCAAGGCUAGAAAAAUCCAAGUGGGGAAAAAUCCACAAAUUGGUAUAAACAACCAGGAGGAGAGUAAAAAAAAAAUUACGUCCUACCUAAUCGAACAGAAGAAAAAGGAACAACUGAGGAGAGAAAUAAAAAAAGAAAUAGCACCCACUGUUAAGAGAGAGCCCAAAUUGUUACCUCCCCAAAAUGGAACUCUUGUAAGCACAAAUGGGACCAAAAAAAGAGAGCCCCAGAAGGGGAAUGAACUCAAUGAUAAUAUCCUAUUUAGGGAAAUAAAAAACUUGAUCUACUUUCUAGACGACAUAGGAUGCUUGGACAUAAAAUUGAUUGCAGAUAAAAGAAGUUUCAGCUCGGACACAAUUCCCAAAGUGUUUCUCAAAAGGACUUGCUUCUGUCUGUACAUAAAGAUCAAGAAGGAACAGUAUGAGAAUCUACUAAUCACAAAUGACGAACUAUUUUCGUUUGCCGAUGCUCACAAUGUAGUGCGUAACAAGGAAUACCUCAAUGCAGACACGAAUAACUUAGAGUCAUUAAAAUCGUGCAACGACUUGAUUUGCUCCUACCUUUUUGAGAACCUUUCCGGCGUCCUGGAUUAUUUGCUAAUUCAAAAUGGGAGCUGCAUCUCGGAGUGGGGUUCAAGGCACAGCGAUGAGAUGGAGAACAGUGGGCGCACCGAGGAGGGGACCAACAAGGAGUGCAGCGAUGAGCAGAGUUGGACUAACCCAGAUGAGCUGAAUACCCGAGUGAAGGAAGUACCGAGUGGGAGCCCACCAGUUAGCAGUUCACCAGUUGGAAGACCACCAGUUGGCAGUUCACCAGUUGGAAGACCACCAGUUGGCAGUUCACCAGUUGGAAGACCACCAGUUGGCAGUUCACCAGAUGGCAGACCACCAAAAGCGGAAUUCCCGAAUGGGAAAAAAUCGCCGGGCCGUGGGGAUCAAGCAAAUUCCCUUCAAAAUGACGGUGACAACCUUGGGAGAAGCAAGACGCGCGUGCCCCCAAAUGUAGACGCACCAACGCAGAGCCACAAAAGGGUCCUAUACAAAAAAAACCACAUUCUAAGCAAAAAGGAUGAAGAACUAGCCAAAAAUAUAUUCUUUUACAACUACUUUCGACUAGAUGAAAAGAACAAAUGGGAGGAAAAUGGCUACCUGCGGAAACAGUCCAAAAUGGGAAGUGCAAGCAGAAGAAAGGAGGUACCCCUGUGGGGAGAGAAAAAAUAUUAUGUGAAACAGACAACCGAAAUGGGAAGCGGGGAAUACCCACUAGGAGCAAUUUCUAUCAGUGACGUGGAACAUGAUCCCAUAGAGCGAACAGAAAUUAAGAGAAAAUAUUCAAACGUGGGGGAAAACCAAAUCAUAUGCAUUCGCCUGUACAAUAAACAGAAGCUGUCAAUAUUAAAGAUGAUUGAAAGGGUCUUUUUGGAGUGCAAAAAAUAUAGUGAAAAGUUUUUCUUCUUUUCAAAAAAUCUUCUAAAAUUGGAUAUUAUAAAAAUAAAUGAAAAAGGGGGGCGAGCUGAAAAUGCCACAAGCCUAGGGAUCUGCAUGUCUGAUUAUCAUUUCCAUUUGCGUGAAAAAUUUUACAACGCCGCGAAGAAGAAGCAAUUACACAAUUGGGGGCAGAAUAAAGGGGAACAGUUAUCCUUAGACGAAACGAACUGCAACAAUUUGGAAAUAUUUCUUCAGUGCCAAAUAUACAACGGAAGUAAAUCGAGCAGAUGGAUCAUCGGGUUGCUGCACGACGUCCGCAUAGCCAUUUGUUUCGAGCACUACCAAAUUUUCCGAAAACAUUUUCUGUUCCAAAAUUUUCACAUUGUUUCAAAUAUAGACAACUUACCUAUGCAUAUAUGUUGCAACUUAUUCGACAAUAAUGUCUGCAAUUUGAAAAAACUGAAAAAUGGGGAGAACCUGCAGGGGGUGCUAAAGAAGAUCUCCAUUUUGUAUGAACACUUUUUGAAGCUGGCCCACAGGAAUGCAGUGAAGAAAUUGUUGAAGCAUGAUUCGAAUAAGGUACUGUACAAAUUUAAGGGGAAAUGGGUUAAAAGAAAGUUGGCGGAAAGGCACGUCGCGAGCGGGGUGGGUAUAACUGGCCCGGUUAGCACAGUUAGCGGCAUGGGAAGCCUUGGCAGCGCCGACGUGAGCAGCAUGACUAGUAUGACUAGCAUGAUCAGCGUACACACCAUGCGCAGUAUGCAUAGCUGGAAGGUGAGCAAUAUGACCAGCAUGGCCAGCAUGACGAGUGCCUGCCGGACGGACCAUCCGAAUGGUGAAAAUGCGCGCAACGUCCCGAAGGAGGGAAACGACAGCGUAACCCUAGACUACAUAUACAAAGUAGACAAAAGGGACAUCAAAAAUUUUAGCGAAAUAUAUCAAAUUUUUAAGACCAAGUAUCUUAAUUUUAUUCCCAAAAAAUAUGACAAGAAUGACUUUUUCUGUUCAGUUGUUAAAAAUGUUUUUUUAAAUUGCCCAGAACUUCAAAUUUUGCCUUGCUUGAAGAAGAAGGAAAAAAUUUACGCCCUGUACUGGUCCAGGAUGCACGACUGCGUCAAUGUCUACCCCUUCUGCAAGUACUUGAACCAUAUCACCUUCUUCCUUCUAGAUUUGGGCCUCACCGUUCUCCUGCCCUACUACGAAAUUGACAACAUUGUGCAUAUGCACAAAAUGGUUAGUUCCAUGAGGGAGGCUGGGGCGCACAUGGGUUCGGAGACAAAGUCCCUUACCAGCGGAUGUGCUGGCGAGGACCUUUCCGCAUACAUGAAGGAAAAGAAGGACGAUCAAGAUGCCCUCAAAACAGGGACUCAUGACGAGAAGAUACCAGAACAAGUUCUCAAUCUAACACCAUGUUACUUAAGAAAUAGAAUAAAAAAAUAUAUUUCCAUUUACCUGAAUUUUGUGAAGGAAUGUCUGAGUGAGAAGAACUAUUCCACGGUGAUAUAUUUUCUGGAUUAUAUUUUCUCCGAUUUUAAGAAGCAUGAAUUGUAUGACACGUUGGUGAAGGACAUAAAAUGCAUACCUCUCUUGGUCAUCCUGAAUUAUGGCACAUCGUAUUUGAAGAUGAAGUUGGAAGGAUUCUUACCUUCUGGUGGGGGGUUCCCUGGUGGGGCUUUCCCUAGUGGGGGGUUCCCUGGGGAGAAGUCCUCCAUCAUUGCCGGAAAGGAAAGGCUAACGGGGGAAAGGGAAGGAAACUCCUGUGGGAGUAAUGAAGAGGAGACACUCAAGACCAAAUGCGAUGAGGGAGAUAUGGAUGGACGCUAUUCUCACGAUGGGAAUGUUGACCUAAUUGGGGAUGAUCACAAUGACGACGCUAAAACGUUGGAGUGCGGCGAAACUGAUGGGUGUUCCUUUCCCCAAAAGGAUGAUUAUUGGAAGGGGGAAACAAAUCGCGUGGUCCCCAUAUGCACGGAUAACCUACUCAAAAUUAAGAACAGCAACUUCGACACGGAAGAAUUUUUCAAUUAUGAUUUCAUUCACCUGAUUAAGUAUGACGAAAAUGGAAAAAUUUACACAUCAAAAUAUUUUUAUCUGUUUGACUUAGACAGCGUGACGUUUAUAAACGUCCAUUUUUAUUCCUCGUCAAUUUUGUCUCUCCUCCUGGAGACCCAAAUUGUGGUAAAUCUGAGUUUUAGUAAUUUGUCCCACGUGCUGAGGCAUAAUUUGUAUCCUUCCAUUUUUCACCCUUGCUCUCCACUCGAUGGAAACGAUGACACUGGUGAUGGACUUGAUAGUGACCAGGGCGACGCUUUGGUGAGCUUCCAUGGGAAGGGGGAGCCAUGCCACCCACGUCAGCAUACAGAAUAUCAUCUCAGAGGGGAAGAAAACCAACACCCUAAUAACGCUCGGCUGUAUAACUGCAUACAAAUCGCCUACGACGCAAACGUCAUCAUUUAUAGUAGACUCCUCCUCGACAUGAUAAGCGAGCUGUGCAGUGGGCAGCCUUACAAGAACGUCCUUCACACGCUGAACAAUUUCCGCCUGCUCAUCACAUUUGACGAGGCAGCACAGAAUGCAGAGAAGGCGGAGAAGGUGGAGAAGGCGGAGAAGGCGGAGAAGGUGAACAAGGCGAACAAGGCGGAGAAGGCGUAUAUGUAUGUGCACAGCUGGAACGAUAUAAAAAACAUUCUCAGCUUUCACUUCGGAGACCCCCGCAUGGAGGCUACUUUAUAUUUAUUGGGCUACAAAAAAAUGCACCCCAUCAUGUCAGACAGUUCCAUCUUUAGACAGUACUUAAUAAAUGACUAUGAAGAUGCUAUGUUGUCCUUAUAUCGAAAUGGGGACUAUCUGAACUGGUCAGCACUCAACACGGAGGACAUGGAUUUUCUCCUGCUUGCUUUUCUUUCGACCAUAAAAUUUAAUAGUAAUAAUAUUUCUUAUUUUAAAGCUCUGCCCAUUUUUUAUUCUUUAAAUUUUUUUGCAUACAUCAAUUUGGCAAACAAGAAUAGGAGGUACGUUGUGGUGUGUACGAAUCACCUGCAGUUGUUCUCGCGUGUACUGUCGCAACUGCGUAUGGGUAGUAGCACCAGCGAGGAGGGGACUGACAUGGGAGCGAAGCUCAAGGGACCACACGUCAGUAUAGGAAGUAGAGAAAGUAGCGGAAGUAGAGGAAGAAGCGGAAGUAGAGGAAGUAGAGGAAGAAGCAGAAGUACAGAAAGUAGCGGAAGAAGCGGACGUAGCGGAAGUUAUAUGAAUCCCCGUGGGGGGGGUACUACUAAUGGAGCAAAUGGGGUACCAGUUACAGAUUUGCGUGAAGGUAAUAAAGAAGAAGGACAUGCUGCGCAAAGUGGCGCUGAUCAGGUGGACGUCCUUUCGGAGGCCUCACCCCUGAAUAGAAGUACAAAAGGGGAUAAUUUCUCAACAACGCGCAACAACGAAACGAACACACUGAUGAAGCAUACUUUUCUGCACCACUCCAACGUUAGCGUAAAGUACUGGAAACACAUCAACAUCGAAUGCUGGUGCGGGUAUGACAUCAUCGCUAAUUUUUUGUUACAAGUAGUACAAGAUUGCAAUGAUGAGGAUCUAUUUCACUACAUUGUGCUUUUUAUCUACAAGGAGUAUGAAGACAUGAUGGAAAAAAAAGAAGAUCAAACAAAAGUUAGGAGAGAAAAAUAUUCUGGAAAUAUCCAUCAUAAUGUGUGUGACGGAAAUGAGGUGGAAGGUUUGGAGAAUCGCUACGGGGAAUUCCUGAUGAACAUUUUUGGAGGAAUGAAAGAAGUUCGAUUGAAGUUUAGGGGACAUGUACAAAUUGCUCAGCUUUACAACGCUAAUAGUGGCUUGUUUAGGGAGUUCAUAAAUGAAAAAAAAUUGUUCCACUUUGUUCAUUUAACUAAUUUAAAAUAUGAAAAAGAGUUUCUGGAAAAGCUAAAUUUUCAUGUGAACCCUAGUAUGACCGAGUUAAAUAACUUCCUUUACAUUUUAAUUAAUGUUGUAAAGAGAACAGCUAGCGAAGGCGCUUCGGAUGUGGUCCCCAUUGAAGCCAUUUUUCACGAUAUCUGCGUAGAUAAUAGUAGGUACGACACAAAAUUUGAUGAAGAUAAUUUGCAUAACAAAAUACACUCCUUGCUGCAAUACGCAGAGGACAACUUCGAGAUGCUGCUUAAAAAGAGAGACGAGAAUUUUGUCUAUUUAAUGGGAUCCCUAAUGGAGCUUUUACUGAAUAGCAAGCGAUUUGCAUUGACGGGAGGUGAGUAUAAAAUGCUGGAAGGUUAUUUCUUGCAAAGGGGCAAAGCGCGAAUGGGGUAUUCGAUAGAGGGGACAGGCCACAGGGGGAAGGGCGCCAUCGGGGGCGGACAGGAUGGAGAGACACACAAGGAGGACGCGGACGCAGAGGUGGGACAAGCGGUUGGACUAGCGGUGGAAGAGGACGUGGAAGCGGCGAUGGAAUCAACGGUGGAAGAACAAAAUUGUGCCGUGGAGAACCAGUGCGAUGCCGAGCCCAAUGAACAGGAGGAGGAACUUUCCAAGCGAAGUAACGAAAGGGAGACCGUGGGAGAAGCCGGAACCCCUCCCAUUCAUAGACCAAAAGAGAGCACCCAACUUAAUAAGAGCAAAACCCUAUGA